AAGGAAGCAGAGGCCAGUUUCACCACCGUUGCCUUGUUACGUUAUGCUGUUUUCUUGGGUCAGGAAUUUUUAGUCAAGGCACAUAAUUUAUUUGAUUUAGGCUACCUGAUUAUUACUAUUAUAAAUAUGACAGAUGCAUUUGGAGCAAUUACAUGGUGGGGAUUUAGUCCUGCAAUUGAUUUUCAAGAGAAAGACACAUGCACACAAUCUGAAGAUUUGAAACUGGAUAGGACUACUGAUUCUGUAGCCGAGGAACUCAACAUGCUGCUUGUUGGUGCUGGUGAUGUCAGACACGUCUUGAAGACAAUAUCAAGAGCUUAUCGCCACACCAAAAAACAACUUAAUUUCUACAUAAUUGAGAACAGCUUGGAACUCUUGGCUAGACAAAUGCUUCUCUUGAGCAUUGUGACUGAAGUACCAAACCGAAUGGGACUACAAGAAAAGAUGGAACUAUUUUUGGAAGUGUUCGGCAAUAGCUUAGUGCGACAACAGACCAGUGAUUAUAUAAUUGAAAAAGCCAAUUUGUUCAUCAAGAUGGUGACGGAUCCAGACUUUCUUGCAUCAUCAUUCCCAGAACUGGAUAUGUCUUCCUUGAAGUUCAAGGAAAGGGAUCAGCUGGAAGCAGUUUUUAAGUUCUGGAGGAAUCCAGACAACAAUGUGUUUGAUAUCUCAGUAUAUUGGGAUAAUAGAGUUCGCAAACACAUGGAGCAACGCUAUGACUCAAGACAUAAUUGUUUUGAUUGGGAUUAUAACAUGAAGCUUCGGGAAAGAGGAGCAUCCGUCAUCAACUCUAAACAAUAUGGUGUGUGGAGAGACACAGGUGUUGCCUUUGAAGCUAGAGAUGGUACUUAUGAAAUAUCUAAUAAGACUCUAGCCUCGGGUUUGGUUUUGAAACAGGGAGGAGUAGCCAUUAAACAACGUGGAUACUGGGGUGAUAUUAUGUGCAGUCCUUACCUGGCUUAUGGAAUUGAGAGUGAAAACAAAGAACUGUUCAAAACUGCUAAUGGAACACAUACAAGGACUGCUGCAGACAUCUCAGAAUUCAACAUACUAUCACUACUUCAUGAGCUCUCAAAGAAGGAGAAUUAUGUACCACAGGAAAGAAAGGAAGGCAAAGAACAAAGUGACUCAGCUACUUUAACUGAAAUAACUGAAGAAGAUGAGAAUGAGGGAAGUGAAGAUAAAGUAGACAAUGGUGUCAAUGAUAAUGAAAAUACUAACAAGAAUGGAACAGAGAGAAUAGCAUUGGAGAAUGUCAAAAUUUACUUUCUUCCACUUGGCUCAACAACUGAGAUUCACAAGAAAAGUAAAUAUAAAGAAUUAUUCAACUUGGUGUAUUUAUCUAAUAGCAUGGUCCAUAACCUUAACGAAUCAUUGAAAAUUGUAAUGGCCGAUGGAGCAACAUUAGUCCUUGAGACUGCGAAGUUUAUGCUGGAAUUAACGGAAGAGCAAUACACACAGUUUGUGAAUAAAGUGACAGGCAUGGCACAAAAACUGGGAUGCAAGCCUUCUCCACAGUGCGAUGCAAAAAAAGACAGUUUUUCAACAUAUACAUUCCUAGGAAAUCGAUGAUGAAGAAUUUGGUAGCAAUUUCUUAAAUCCUUUAAACAAAUUUUUAUUUCUUUUUUCCUUGACAUGAAUGUUCAUUACUAAGUUUGUUGCACCAUGAUGUACUCCUUGCCAGUGAUUGACUAGUCAUCAAAUUUGUCAUCAUUGCAAUAUCAUCUGCCUCAGGAGACGACCAAAGUAAUCUCACCGGAACUUUGAACAGUUAAGAGCUUUCAAUUGCAUAACGACGUUAGGAUCUAGGACGUAGUGAUGACAAAUAGAAUUAUCUGCGCAUGCAACAAUGCUGAGUCUGAAUUCUAGGAUGGUACGUUUGCAGAGAACGCAGUACUGUAUGAUUGAAUCUGUACUACGUUCACAUCAACAUGCAAAUUGGAGCUUCCAAGCCUAUAACCAUUGAUUGUUCUCAAAACCCUAUUUGAACAAAGGUGUACUAUAAGAAAGUAUAAUACAUACUCCAAGUAUUGAAAUACACGCCA